AUGCAAAGUUCGAAUGGCUUCUCAGACAAUGCUGAAGUUUCACACAAAAAUGGAAGCUCCCAUAUAAAGCAAGUGGACUAAUCUCUACAUCUCCCAGACUUACCAGGUGUUAUAGGUAAUCUAAACUCUGGCCAGAAUAUAAGCAUUGGAUAAACAACUAAUUCUCUAACAAGAGGCCAAUCUUAAGAUGAAUUCUAUGAUUUAACAAAGCCAAGUAUCCUACCUGCAACAGUCAACUUGUAACCUUCAAAAUAAAGUAAUGCACUAAAUGGGAAAGCUCUUAGAAAUUCAUAUUCCAAAGAUGCUUAAAAAGAGGAAAUGGAUUAAUCUACGAAACUAAAGAAAAAUAGUCCAAUAUUCGAUCCUGUUACUUCUCAGUUAGACCAGAGAGUAAAUCUUAAAGUAAUGGAGAUUUGGUUGAAUGAAACUAUGCAAACUGCUGAAGCCCAAUCAAACGACCAAAUAGGACUCAAUUCAGACAUUGUCAGAAUGGACUAGAAAAAACCUCUAAACAGAUUUAAUGUUGAUAGAAUUACUUUAAGCAAAGCUGGAGUUACUAAUGAGUAGAUAGAUAGAAUUUAUAGAUCUCUCUUUGUAUAUAGUGUAGGCUUCUAUGAAAUGCUAAAGAAUGCGAUUGGAAAAUGUAAGAAUAGACCAGCAAUGAUAUCAAAUUUCUGGAAAGUUUAUUCCAUACUUCUUGAGUAUUGUUGCAAGCAUGAUUAUAGAAUGCAAAUCUAAGAAAUUACUGAAAAGCAUACUGAAGAGAUGAAAUCCCUUGAGGAACAAAUAGAAGUAAAAUAAACAGAAUUUCUUGAAAAAGAAGGAAUGUUAAAAUAAAACAUUUAAAAUUUGCUAAAUAAAGUCGAGGAGAUAGAAAAGGAGAGAUAAAUUGAACUCUAAAGAAGACAGCAGCUUUAGAAAGAUCACGAAUAACAGAACAAAAAUUACGAAGAUGAAAUUUUGCUCAGAAAGCGCUAUGAAAUGAAGAUCAAUGAACUGUUUAUUUUGCAUAGAGAAGUAGAAACUAGAUACAAAAGAGCAGUUGAAGAAAUCAUAAGAAUAGAUUUCAUGAAAGAAGAUGUAAAUACAUAACUCGCAAUGUCUAAAGCUGAUCUAGAUUAAUUCAAAAAAGACUAUUAUUAAUCAGAAGUUAAGCUAUAGAAGUCUCAAUAAGAGUAAGAUUACUGGAGGCAAUAAACAUAGGUACUCAAAGAUAGAGAACUGUAUCUAGAAGACACAAUGACCAAAGUCAAGACUGAUUUGAGAUUCUCUCAGAAAUAUAUCAACGAAUUAAAAUAAGAAAAUUUGAUUCUAAAGAAUAAUCUAAUACAGGAAAAAGAAAACAAUGAGCAGCUUGAAUCACAUAUAAAGAAUUAUCAACUUUAAUUAGAAAAUGAAAUCGUUCUAAAAGGAUCUUUUUAGGAGCAGUCUUAAAGGUUUCAAGAUGAUCUUAGCAAAAUCACUGAAGCCCACAGUCAUUACAAUAAAACAGACAAACUCGACACUCUUGAGCAAGAUUACUUCUCUAAUACUAAUAAAUUACAGGAGAUAUAGGAGCUCUAUGCUCAAAUUAAAAACGAUAAUGAAUUAGCAGUUAAUAGACUUUCAGAAAUGUAAAAAGAAAAGUAGAAGUAUGAGCAGUACUAUUAUCAUGAGUAAUGCAAAUCAAGAGAGUUAAUUUCAUUUAUUGAAGAUAAGGAUAGAAUAGUCGAUAAGUAUAAAAAGGAUAGUGAGAAAUUGUCUAACAGAUUAAAUUAACUAGAAAUUGCCUAUGAUAAUUUAGAGAUUAUCAAGUCAGCAGCAGUACAAAAAGCAACUUUAGAGUUUGAAGAGAUUAAAAAUAGAGCAAUGUCAUUAGAAACCAUGCUUGCAGGAGCUAAAGCAAACAGAGCUGAACUAUUAAACAGAGUCGAAGAAGAGUAAAGAUAGCAUAAUGAAUCUAUUUAAGAAAUGAAUAAGCUAAAAUUACAACUUGAAGACAAAUACCUUGAAAAUUAGAGACUUUAAGCGACAUUAGAAAAUGAGACAAAGAAAGAAUCAAGGUGGAAGAAAUAAACUGAUGAGCUUUACAUUAAAAUAAAUUCAUAUGUGCAGAAGAAAGAAGAAUUAGAGAAGGAUUUGGGAACUACAAGGGAGCUGCUAAAUGUUUCAGAGUCAACUGCAAAGGCUUAUUUCAAAAGAUCGAAUAUGGAGUACAAUCUGCUUAAGGGGGAAAUGGAUCAUAUGAGGGAACUUAAUGAUAUGCAUUAUGAAGACUUGCUGGCUAAAGGAAGGGAACUUAUGUGCCAGAUAGAUUCAUUGAAAAUAAAGGCUCAUACUGAUGGCAUGGCUAUAAGAAUCAAUAAGACAAUGAUUGCAAAGCAAGAGUAGGAAAUUUAUGAAUUGAGAUUUGUUUAAGAGACAUUAGAGAAGCAAAUUAAAAAGAUGAGUGGAGACCUUGAAGAGUCAUAGAUCUACAAUGAUGAGCUUGCUGAUUGGAAAAGAACUUUGGAAUAGAAACUUAAAGAGACAAAACAAAAGAAAAAGCAAGAAUUGGAAAGAUACUCAGAAGAGACUAAAAAGAGAAAUAAUGAAAUUAGAGAUUUGAAAGAUAGAAUUAAAAAUAUACUAGAUGGCAGGCUCGGAGUCGAUUAAGAAGUUCAAGUUGAACCAGAUGUUAGAUAGGCUAUAAUUUAGACUGAGAUAUUCAAUGAUAAUCGUCUUUCUAAAAAAGAGUCAUCUAAAAAUUUAGCAAUAUCUCAAUUACCUUCAGAUCGACAAAGUAUUAAUUACAUUCCUUUGUCUUAAAGAUCAGGAAGUUACAAAAUGAAUGAAUCUAUAGUAGAGGAGCACAGCUCAAUUCAAGAACCAGCUUAUAGACCAGAGCCUUAGAUUUACUAAAAAAAUCAAGGGGCUUAACCAAGUGAUGAUAAUCAAUCAAGUGUCAAUAAGGAGUAUUUCUCUGUUAAGAAUAAUGCCAAAGAUGCAAAUGGAAGAUCUGAACUACAGCUUCCAAAAAUUGGACUGCAUUAGAAUAGAAGCAAGCAGUUUAAAAUGCAAAAUGAUGAGGUAUUAGGAAUGAUAACAGAGAGAAGACAUCUCUAUGACUCAGCAAUAGGAAACGAUGAUUUGAGAGGAGGAAUGAGAAAAUCAUCUUCUAUCCAUGAUAUACUUAAUAGAGGGUCAUAUUAACUGAGUUAAGAGAAUUUAUUGCUUCUAAAGAAUGCUCCUAGACCACCAAAAUUGUCUAACUACAACUAAUAUGAUAAGGAAACUCAGAAAAUGCUGCAAGGAAAAUGCUCUUUGAAAGAUCUCUUGAAAUCAGCAGCCACUAGAUAAGAUUGA